UUUGGGGCUGGGACUGCGGCUGGGAGCCCAGAGAAAGCCGCCAAGCGAGGAGGCGGGGCUCUGGCGAGUUCCCUUCCACCUUCCCCCACCCUUCUUUUCCAACCUCUGUUUGGCCCUAGUUGGAUUCCAGCCUUCGCAGCAGCUGCUCCCCAGCGUUUUGCAAGAACGAAACGACUGCACCGCUGUUCUCACGAUGGUGAUCCGUGUGUAUAUUGCAUCUUCGUCUGGCUCUACGGCGAUUAAGAAGAAACAGCAAGAUGUGCUUGGUUUCUUAGAAGCUAACAAAAUAGGAUUUGAAGAAAAAGAUAUCGCAGCCAAUGAAGAGAAUCGGAAGUGGAUGAGAGAAAAUGUGCCAGAGGACAGUCGUCCAGCUACUGGAUACCCCCUGCCACCUCAGAUUUUCAAUGAAAGCCAGUACCGUGGGGACUAUGAUGCUUUCUUUGAAGCCAGAGAAAAUAAUGCCGUGUAUGCCUUCUUAGGCUUGGCAGCACCACCUGGUUCGAAGGAAGCAGAAGCCCAGGCAAAGCAGCAGGCAUGAGCCUUAAACAUUUUGUCUUGCAUAUCCUGAAAAAGGAGUUUUCACUGCUUUUAUAAACAAAAUUAUCUUGGCUUCAAAAGAGAUAGGUCCAAUGUUGAAAUAAUAGAUAAGUUGGUAUUUUCACAUGAAAACAUUCAAAAUGAAUACAGCAUUAAAUGUGAUUAUGAUGAGAAUCAUGGUAGAGGAACAAAAAAAUUUAGACAUGAAAUAAUAUUGUUACCUGCAAAGCCAUUUUAUAUAUUUUAAAGAACAAACACCUGUCCACUUUUUUUUUUGCAUUAUUAUUGCAGCUUAGGUUUUAUAUGUAGUAGCCAUAUGUUGAGGAAUUUAAACAGGAGAGAAAGAAUUUGUCUCGUUGCCAAACUGCUUCCUUAUUCUUAGUGAACAAGAUAUGUACCUUUUUGAUGCGGUGUUAUUGUGAUUAAAAAGUAGUUGCAGGUAAUGUUUAUGAUAUGUCAGACAUUGUCAUUGCAUACAGUAAUUAUAACAUUCCCAUUGUUUUGUAGUUAACAUUUAUAUGUACUGAGCUACAUGUUUUCCAGGUUUCUAAGUGUAUUGAUAAAUUUUCAUCGCACAUUUCCUUGAUUGAAACAGAGGAACACAUACACACACAAACAAUAAAUGCAGUCAGUUACAAGUUCUUUUCUUAACUACAUAGCUGUAAUGGAAUCAUGUUUCUAAGUUGCUUGCCCCAAUGAAGUAUAUAUGUUAUAAAGGUCUUUUGCAAAUACAUGAAAUUUCAUUGUUAUCAGAUGGCAUUAAUUCGUUAAUUGCCAAGCCUGGUUUUCAUAGUGUCCUUUUAUCUUUUUUGAGGUAACAUUGAUUUACAACAUGAUGUAUAAUUUAAAGUUUUAACUUUAAACCACUUUGUGUGUAUGUUACCAUGCCCAACACCGAAGCAUCAAUAAACAGGCCAUUGGAUCUUCUCCCCACUCAUUUCCCUAAACCCAGCCUCUUGCUUUUAGUAGCCUCCAUUCUGCAGUCAUGUUACUAGAAUUUUUUUUCAUUUACUUUUUUUUCCUUCUGUUUAUUUUUCCAUAUUCCAAAUACAGGUGAAAUCACCUGGCAUUUGAUUUUCACCUUUUGUGCCACCUAACCCCCUCCAUAAUUGUUACACAUGACAAGAUUUCACUUUUUGUUCUUUAUAGCUAGUUGUGUUCCAUUGUGUACUCUAUCUUCUUUAUCCACUCAUCUGUCAUUAAACACUUUUCAUAGAAACAAUCUUAGUGUUUUUCCCAUUUUAAAACAACUUGUGGUCAGAUAUGUCACUAUCCCUCAGAUAUUUUAACUUUUUGUUUAAAUCUGGCAUAUAUUGUCUGUCUACAUUAAUCUAAGAUGAAAGAAUUUCUAUGCCUCUAUUCCACUGCACAAGUAUCAGAUAAAAAGGGAAUUUUAAAAAUGUUAAUUGGAUGACAUAUAAGAAGACAAGGAACAUUAUGACCUAAAUCACUUAUCAAAAAGCUACACAUGUUGUAUGCUAGUUUCACAUUCCUUUAUUACUAAAGCUAAACACCUUUUACAUUAAAUCACUUUAUUGUAUUAUUUGAUGUAUGCAAAUGUGUCCUCUUUGCCAAAAUCAAAAUAUAAUGAAGACAUGACCUUGUUUAUUGAGAAUCAAAUUUGUGAUGCUUUAAAAUAAACUUAAAAAUAAACACUGCAAUUUUAUAAACAUAAUUUAUGUGUUCCUGGAGUUUGUAAAUGUUAUUUUUAAUGGGUAGCAAUUUUUUAAAAGGUGGGGAAGCAAAAAAUGAUAGAAAACUACUUGACUAUAAAUUACAAAUUUCCUUUUAGGGUCUGCAUUUUGCAGUUUAUGCUAGAGUCAAAACAAAGACACGUUUUGUAGUUUUGUGUACAUUGUAUGCUGUGGCUAAAUCUAUAGAUAGCAUUGUGCUUUGUAAUAAAUUC